GCAUUAUCGACGCUGCGUGAAUAAUUAUAUAUAUAAUUACCGAUUUUGCGUAUGCGCGGUAAAUUCAAAAAUCGCAAAGUAAGAGCGCUAUAAUGUAGGUAUAAUUAGGAUAAAACAAAUUUUGUAUAACACAAAAAGACAAUUGAAAAGCGUGUGUGAUUCAAAAUUGAUGAUAAAUUAUUAUGGUAGAAGAUAGGCAAACCUUACGGGUAAAAUCAAAAUUAAACAAUGUCAAAAUUGCGCGGAGGAGUUUGCGACGCACGUUGCCAGCAGUUUCACCAGGAAAUUGGAAAAAAGGAGGAACGACUCAAGAAUCUUUGGUUCGUCAAAAACAAGCAGCGCCUCUACGAGAAUUUAGACGUGAAAAAUUUCUCGCAGAAUGCCGUCAUCGGCAAAGAAGCACAGCAGCAGCAACAGAAGAAAAAGAUCGUCCAUCCGAGGAGCGAUUCUACGGACACUGUUAAGCAGCAAAAGACACUUCCGUCAUGGAGACCUCCGUCGAAGGCUGCGGAUGUCGAUUUGAUGCGACCUGUUAAAGCAGCCGUUAGAAACAUUUUGCAUGUUCCCAAAGACGAGAGCUUCGCUGCGAAAAAGAAGUACUUGAAGGAGAGGUACAAGGAGAAGCCAGAGGACAGAUACUACUACCCCUAUUGUUCCAGCUGGAUGUUCGGUUGGCGGCUCAAGGAUUAUCCGCCGAUUCCGAUUUCCGAACACGGGGUUCGCUCCGUCAUUCAGUCGUCGUUUUACCGGCGCAACGCAUCCAGUAUCCAACGUGAUCCGGACUGGUACAGGAUGUGUCAGACUGGGGAUCCUAAGAAUUUCAAUGAGAUAUUGACUUACUGAAUACGCUGAUUACAGACAACGGAUGACUAUUAUCCAGUAUUGAUAAAACCAUACGAAAAAUUACAACUUCUUGAAUUUUCCUUGUAAAUUGUAACGUGUAUUGCUUACACAAAGCUUCUAUGUUUAAUUAGCAGGUAAAAAUGCUGUUACAAUUAAGAAAAGGAAGAAAAAUAAACAAAUUGAAUAAAACUUGA